AUGGCUGCAAAUGCAUCAGGUCAACAAAGUGACAAUGAUCAAGUUCCCCUAACAGUUUUUAUUGACAAAGAGAAAAACAAAGUUGUGUAUGCUGAGGCAGGAAAAGAUUUUGUCGACGUUUUCUUCAGCUUCUUAACAUUGCCCUUAGGGACAAUUGCAAAACUCGUAGCUAAGGAUUCAAAUAUAGAAGCAGUAAACUUUGGCAGCAUUAGCUCACUCUAUCAAAGUGUAUCAAAUCUCGAUGAACAAUUUCUAUGGUCAAACACAUGCAAAGAAAUGUUACUCAAUCCAAGGAACUCAAUGCAACGUUAUUGCCAGAACAUGAAACUCAACAUCGAUGAAACACAACCCUUGAUGUACUAUUUCUGUGAGGACGAGACUUGCAGAAGAGAAAAUUGGUACAGUUUGUGUACUUUCAAGGAUCAAUUAUGCACUUGUGGAAACCUAAUGAAUGUAGUAGUUCCACAGAAAAACAACACCGAAAAUGGCUUUGUCAACCAUAGUUCGACUUUUGUUAUUUCCGACAAUCUUUUCGUGAUGCCUAAUCUUCUUAGAACAAGUUUAAGUCUCUUUCAGAAGCUUGGAAUCAAGGACAUUGACGCGGUUGAUAAACAAACAAUAAAUAUCAGCAAGAAAGAGGUAGUUGAUAUUCUCAAGUUUUCUUUGAUAUCAAAGACUCCUUUGACAGACUUUUUCUUUAAAAAGGUAAAAUUGGUUAGUAAUUUAGACCCGAGAAACCGAUUGGAAUUUUGGAUUGGUGAAUCAGAGUUAGAAGAUGAACCAUCUGAUGAAUCAAAUAUGGUUGUGAAAAUACUUAGAAGAAAAUCGAAUGAAAAAAUUCUGUUUGUUGAGGCGAAAGAAGAUUUUGCUGACUUUGUUUUUAGUUUUCUUACCUUUCCUUUGGGAGGUGUGUUGCAUAUGCUCCAAGGAUUCUCUUUUUUGAGCUGCAUUGAUAAUUUAUACAAAAGCAUGACUGGGUUGUGUACAGCUAGAUGUUUGACAUCUUAUGAAAUCAAAGAGAAAUUAUCUAAACCCUUGAUUUCGAUGGAAUUCAAACUCAGAGACCAAAUAUUACCUAUUCAUGGUGAUUAUAAAGAUAGAAGUGAACCAUAUGGAUACAUGGAUCCUAAAUCUCCGAUUUCUGGAGGAUAUGCAAAAGGGCCAUUAACUUUUAUGGUGACAGAUGAUUUGGUAAUGAGUCCAAUGUCAUCUAGUAAUGUUGUUUCCUAUCUAGAAAGAAUGAAUGUCCCACUUAAUGACUUGGAAGAAAGGGUUGUCAGCAUUGGUGUCAAGGAGGGUCUCAGGAUUUUAAAAGCUGCAUUAACAACAACUUCUGCUUUGACAAAUGGUCUCAGCCUUUCAAUAAUGGAGCAAUUCUUUCAUGAACAAAAGUCUCAAUCUAUCCAUAACACCAAUUAA